AUGUUCUUUCUUCUGGUCCUUCUCACCGGACUUGGUGGUCUGCAGGCAGGCCUCAAUCCUCAUAAAACCUUUAUACAGACCACAGUUCCUGAAAAGAUUUCAUCUUCUGACACAGAAAGAGAUCCAGAAAAUAAUGUUGCUUAUAUGAUUACAAUUAAUGAAAAAGCAUAUUUUAUCCAUCUCAAGAAGCAAUCAUUUUUAUCUCCAAUUUCUGUUGUUUAUUCUUAUGGAACAGAUGACACCCAGUAUACUGACAAUUUGUUAGGUCAGAUGGAUUGCAAUUAUAAUGGAUAUAUUGCAGGCUUUCCAAAUUCUCUUGUGUCACUCAACACUUGUUCAGGACUCAGGGGAACAUUGCAGUUGAAAAACAUCUCAUAUGGAAUCGAACCAAUGGAGACGACAUCAGAAUUCAUGCACAUGAUUUUUGAAGACGAAGAUUUUGACACUAACAUACCUCUCAUAGGAGAUGACAAUUAUAUAUAUAGUAAUAAUAAUCCUGAGUACAAGAACAGUUCAGAAAGAGUUGAAUAUUUCAAGUUAUUCCCUCAAUACCUUGAAAUGUAUAUUGUUGUGGAUAAAAAUCUGUUUGAUUACAUGGGCUCUGAUGUAAAGGCUGUAACACAGAAGGUUAUUCAGAUAAUUGGAUUGGUUAACACUAUGCUUACUCAGUUAAAACUGACAGUUCUAAUAUCUUCCAUAGAAAUCUGGUCAAAUAAAAACAGAAUUUCUACUUUGGGAACUCCUUAUCAAAUAUUAUUUAGAUUUUUACAAUGGAAAUCUAUACAUGUCUUCCAACCUUAUGAUAUGGCAUACUUACUGGCCUUCAAGGAACAUAUUCAUUUUAAAGGAGCCAUAGGUCCUGAAAAAGUAUGUAAUAAGGAUUAUGCUGCAGCAGUUGCUCUGUAUCCAGAUGGUUCAUCUUUGGAGUCAUAUACUGUCAGUAUCGUGCAGUUGCUUGGCCUUAAUUUGGGACUGAGUUUUGAUAAUACUGACACCUGCUAUUGUUCAGGAGAUGUUUGUACAAUGUCACCAGAAGCCGCGCACUCCCGGGGUGUAAAGGAUUUUAGCACCUGUAGCUUGGAUUAUUUUAAAUAUUUUACUUCAAAGUCUGGCCUUGAAUGUCUUCAUGACAGCCCUCCUAUUACGCCAGAUUACAAAGCAAAUGAUAAGGUUUGUGGCAAUGGAAAGUUGGAAAAAGGGGAACAAUGUGAUUGUGGCCUUGCAAAGGCUUGUACACAUAAAGCGUGCUGUGAUCCUACAUCAUGUAGAUUGAAACCUAAGAAAAUAUGUGGCUCUGGGGAAUGCUGCACACAAGAUUGCAAGAUACAACCAGUUGGUGUACUUUGUAGGAAACCAGUUGAUGAUGAAUGUGAUUUUGCUGAAUAUUGCAAUGGGGAUGAUCCACACUGUGGGAUUAACACUUUCAAACGCAAUGGAAUGCUUUGUGAUAAAAACGAGUCCUACUGUUAUGAUGGACAAUGUCGAAUACAUGAUAAACAGUGUAAAAACUUAGUUGGAGGAGCUUCUAGAGGUGCACCAUUUCACUGUUAUGAUGAAAUAAAUUCAAGAGGAGAUAGAUAUGGAAACUGUGGUAAAGGGGCUUGUGGUUGGCCUAAUCUUCUGUGUGGAAAAUUAAUUUGUUCCUGGCCACAUAGAGCAAUAAUAAUACGUCCAAAUUUAUCUGUGAUUUACGCACAUGUACGAGACGACAUAUGUGUAGCUACUACAAAGCUAAACCAGGACAAGUUACCUCACUAUGCGGCUACAGGAGUAAGUCAGCCAAACCAAAGAGAUGAAACAUAUAUAGAAGAUGGUAGUGCAUGUGGACCUAGCAUGCUUUGUGUCGAUUUUAUCUGUAGAGAGAUUAAGUACUUGACCAAUACUGCUGCAUGCAAGAGUUCUACAACUUGUAAUAACAAGGGAGUUUGCAAUAAUUUAAACCAUUGCCAUUGUGACAAAGGGUAUGUUCCUCCUUCUUGCCUAGAAAAGAAAGGACAGUUUGGAAGUGUGGAUGAUGGGCACAUAGCUGAAGCAAGUAGAAGGUACUUGGAUGGAAGAUCUACUCCUUCUCCAAAACGCCAAUUUCAACUCAUUUUCUACAUUUCUUUACCUGUGCUUAUCAUUAUUGCUGCUGUUUUAAUAAAGCAGGAUAAAAUAAGAGAGCUAUGCUACAGAAGGGAAACGGAAAAUAAGAGAUCUGUGUCAGAAGAAGACAGCAAUAUUAGCAAGUUAUCCACAAAUGUAAGUCCUGUCUUGGCAUCUGCUUUUCAGAAGAUCCAGAUUAAAACAAGUAUUAAUGAGAGUACAAUUUGUAAGCUGCUAGGUAGUAAGAUGUGGAUUUGGUUUGGUUCACCUAAUCCUGCAAUAAUGAGGACAGGAUCCUUGUUGGAAGGAGGGAUGCAGCUAGUUCCUACCACAAAGUGGCAGUACAAUUCUAAAAACUGUAUGACAAUGAAAAAAACUGUCCCAGUAGAAGGGAAUGUUGUUGUAGAUGCAAUAAAGCAGUCAUUUAAAGUGGCAUCAGCUGGUUACUGUUGUUUUACUGAUGCCCUUCAGAAGGAUAAUAAGAAAUUGAUGGUUAAUAACAAGCAGUUACUGGUUAUAUUUGAGAACCAGAUAGUCUGA